GCGCGAGCUCCUGCGACAGGGGGCGGAGCUUCGGCUGUCCCGGACACGUGUCCCGGGAAGCAGGAAGUAAAUACUGAGGAGGAAUCACACAGGACAGACCAGUUUGGCACGAUGCUGGAAGGCCACAGCCCGAUGGUACAGGCCCUGUUGGGGACUCUGUUUACCUGGGGUCUGACUGCUGCUGGAGCAGCCUUAGUAUUUGUCUUCUCCAGCCAUCAGAAAAGAAUCUUAGAUGGAAGUUUAGGCUUUGCAGCUGGGGUAAUGCUGGCUGCUUCAUAUUGGUCGUUGCUUGCACCAGCCAUUGACAUGGCAGAGGAUUCUGGGAAGUACGGCUCAUUUGCUUUUGCUCCAGUAGCUGCAGGAUUCACUCUCGGUGCUGCAUUCGUCUACCUUGCCGACUUGGCUUUGCCCCUGCUGGGUGUAAGUGAUGACCCGCACUCCGCCUUGGCUCUGCCUUCUGAAUCCAAGGUGGUGAAGGAGAAGUCAGAGGAGCCACUCCAACCCUGGGACACUGAUGAGAUGUCUAUCAGGAUAGGUAGAGCUCGUCCUCUCUCAGAUAAAAUUGAGAAUGGUGACGUUUACCAGAGGAGAAGAGCACCUCAUGUGGAGACCUCAGACGACAGGGACACAGGAAGUAAACAGCCAGAACAACUCGGGCGGUCGGGAAGCAGCUGGAGGAGAAUCCUGCUCCUUAUACUUGCCAUCACCAUCCACAACAUCCCAGAGGGUUUGGCUGUCGGGGUUGCGUUUGGAGCCAUUGGAAAGACUCCGUCUGCUACUUUUGAAAGCGCCAGAAAUCUGGCCAUUGGAAUUGGAAUCCAGAAUUUCCCAGAAGGACUGGCAGUAAGCCUGCCACUCCGGGGGUCAGGGAUUUCAACGUGGACGGCAUUUUGGUACGGCCAGCUGAGCGGCAUGGUGGAGCCUAUAGCUGGGCUGCUCGGCGCUGCUGCCGUCACCUUGGCAGAACCUCUGCUGCCGUAUGCGUUGGCGUUUGCUGCCGGAGCAAUGGUGUACGUGGUUGUGGAUGACAUCAUACCUGAAGCUCAAGUCAGUGGAAACGGGAAGCUGGCGUCCUUCACCUCCAUCCUGGGCUUUGUGGUGAUGAUGUCACUGGACGUCGGGCUGGGGUGAUGACAUCAGAACAUGUGGCGCUGUGUGCACGGACCCUGAUGGCCAUAAAUCUGACUGUAGUGCUGCUGACUUUUUUAAAAAGGGGACCAAAAUGAGAAGUGAACCGUUGAUGCAGCUCUGUUUGAGUCGUCGUCACCUGAACCUCAGUAAUAAUGAGACUGAGGAUGAGGAUGUAAAACAAAGUGUGAGGGUUUCUUGAUUUAAUGUAUUUUGUUAAUUUCCAUGUAGGUGUCUGAAGAGCAGCUGUUAAACAAUGAGAGUUCAGUUUGUUAUUUUUUAUUCUGCUUUAUUACCUCUGGAUCAUUUGAUUUGGUCAUUCAUGUAAUUUAUAUUUACAGCUGAUGAAUGAUCAUGUGUGUUUGUAUCUGAAGGACAGCUCUGGUGACGUCUUGGUGAACUCCUAAACCUCUAAUCAAGACUUUUUCUAAAUUACAGUAAUCCGUCUUAAUCUCUUUCUAACUCAGUCAGGUCCAGUGAUGCAGACUGCGUCCCCCUUCUCUUUUGAAAGGCACAGCUGUAUCCACACCUCCACAGACCAUGUGAAGGAGCUGUGAUCUGAGUGUGCGGACUCGUCUGGUACCGCCUUGUUGAGCAUGAAUGUACUUCCUGAAAACACAGCUAGCUCCAAAAAGCCCCGGGGUUUAUUCAAUGAUGUAUUCCCUGAAAGAGUUUACAAGUUUAUUUAAUUAAAAUCUGCUUCAUUUCUCA